AUGCCGCCUCAUCACGAGUUCAGACAUAUGAGUACGGGCUCUCUCAGUAUUCCACCUGGCGGCAUGGACGGCGCGCCCAAUGGGCCGCCGCAUCUAAGCGGACCCAUGUCGAGGUUCGAGGGCCCGCGCAGCCCGCCUGGCAAACAGAAUACAUCGCAUGUUCCGUGCAAGUUCUACCGCCAGGGUGCAUGCCAGGCUGGGAAUUCUUGCCCAUUUAGUCACGAUCUAGCGAGUACGAGUGAUAACGUGUGCAAAUACUUUGCAAAGGGCAACUGCAAAUUCGGUCCUAAGUGUGCGAAUGCGCAUGUUCUCCCAGACGGGCGCCGGGUCAAUUACAAGGGAGGCCCAAUGAUAGGAGGCCAUCUAAACCUUGGAGGACGAGUGAACCCGGAUCCCUACCAUGGGCAAAGCUCAGCUCUUACGAAUUCUUUCAUACGCGCAAAUGGGGUCCUUCCCUCGCCUUACGCUAAAUACCCGCCAUAUGGUCAAGAAGAUGCGUUCCCUAUGAUGGGCCGGAGUAGUAUCGAUAUCUCGGUACCGACCAUCGAUACGAGCUACGCCUCACAUACCGGGUCGAAUUAUGGUUCGCCGAGAGAUGAUGAUCUAAACCGCCUCGGUCUAGGACUAUCACCCGUUGCAGGCAAAGGCUUGAGCGUUUUGGAUGCUCCAUUACCGGCAUCUUUUGAUAGCAAUGGUGUGUCCUGGAUUGCCAGGCACGGCCCCAUAGCAUCUUCGGUCCCAGCAAAGUUUGGCUUCGAGUCACCUCCAGGAUCGGUCGGGGCAGCGAAAGAUGGAAGGACUUCUGAAGCAUUGAAGAACCUACACAGCUCUGCGUUCGGCGAUGAUACCAGAGACCGAUUUAACGGCCUCCCAUCUUCGCCACCAGCACCUCCUGCCGAAGAAUACUUCGGUAAAAGGGCCAUGCACUCUCAUCGCUUCGCUAAAUCAAAGGUCAUGUCAGCCAGCCUGCCGAAGGCUGUGGAUCAGGAUUGGGAAGCUGCUUUCACAUUUGAGGAGGAUUAUCUGCCGGAGACACUGAAGGACCUUAUGACACCACAGGAGAAGGCCCGGAGAGACUCCCGUAAUGCAGACGAAGGUGGCAGGCCCAUUCUUAACAGCGGCACUGGUACCCCAAUUACCGAAACAACCUCCAGCAAAUUUGGUUCGCCAUCAAACGCGAGCCCUUCGAGGUGGGGUCCACUCUUCCAGCGACAUCAACAACAGAAGGAAGAGGAGGAGAAAGCCGCCGCUUCCCGUGUAUCAAGUUUUGGCCACGUUGGCUCACCACUUCGGAAUUCCACUCUCCACGCUGGCGCAAGUCCCAGCUCUCGGUCAAUAGCACGAACCAGCAUUUCUGGCGAUUCGUCACCAUACGUCUCAUCUCCACCUCGGCAAAGCUCCAUGUCGAUCAUCUCCCAGCAACUACAACGGACCCGGCUUUCCAGAGCAGAGUCUAGUGGCAGUGACUCAAGUCUCCAUCCUGUGGCUGCUACGCGUGCUUCAAGUAACCCCAUUGGCUCCGGGGCGGGUAGAGCUGGCGCGAUUGGAGAGAGACAGGUCAGCUCGAGUAGUAUUGGAAAUGGGGGAAGUGGCAGAUUUACGACCCCGAUUGACGAGGAACAAGGCGAAUUUGUGUUUAGCAUGGAGGGUAUGGAAGAUGUUGACGAGAAGAAAGGGGAGAAGAGAAACAGUGGCAGUGGGGGAUGGACAUAUGCUGGAAGUACCAAAAGCCCCCAUUUUGGUGCUGUCGGCGGUGGAAAGAAUGGAGCCUCUACUGCUACGAAUGGUACGAAUGGUACGGGAAUGGACGGGAUGUUCGGUACACGGUGA